AUGGCGCUUCCGUGCCUUUGUUACAUGCCGAUUACGGUGUUCUUGGUGGUCUUUAUCUUUGGCCAGCGUCUCUUCGGUGGACGUGGGUCUCCUUCCCUAUGGUUAGACAAGCUUUGUGUGCAUCAGACAGACCUUGACAUGAAGAUGGACCAGAUAGCUGCCCUACCUGUGUUUGUUGCAAACUCUGCCAACAUGUUGGUGGUUUGGGACGAGACAUAUUUUGAUCGCCUUUGGUGUAACCUAGAGCUGGCAACCUUUGCACGAUACGGUGGCACGGCAAAGGUCACAGUGCUACCCUCGUGGCUGGCUCCAUGGCUUCUAUGCUCCAUCUUCCUGGACCUGGUAAGUGCCACCAUAUUCGAGAUUUUGGAGCGUGUGUUUCCCGGUUGGACUGUGGCAUUGGUGAACCCAGUCACUGAAGUCACAGAGUCACUUCUUGGACCAAAUCCUGCCCUGCUGAACUUCGUGGUGUGGUUCAUCAUGUGGUUCAUGACAGGUGUUGCUUACUUGCCCUCGUCACUACCCUGUCUCUUCUCCUUCCGUAUGAAGCUCCAGCACCACCAACGCAUGCUGGAUCGCAUGGCUGAGUUCGAUCUAAGAGCUGCGGAGUGCACUGAGCCGUCUGACCGUGAAGCAGUUGAGGAGCAGGUCAUGGAGCUAUUCAUGGAGCGAGUGCAACAUACCGAUGCAGGGUCGGAGCCCAGAACCAUUGCCGUUGAUGAUGGCGAGGUUCGGUUGCAGAGAUUUCCCAACGUCGCACUGGCUUAUCUGAACCCUUUAGACAGCUUCAACGCCUACAUCAGAGGGACUCUUCGGGAUUUUGUGAUUGCAGAGACUGGAGAUGAGGUCUAUGUUUCGUUCAGCCGGUGCUUGCUUGCGUUCCUCCCCAUGAUUUUCUAUUCCUCAGUGAAUGUCCUGGGCUGUGAUAACGGCCCCUGUGAGAUCUCGGCACCGUUAGCAGGAUACGAAUUGGUGAGUACAUAUAUGAUCACGCAAGCAGUCGGAUGGGCACUCACCCUGGUGCUGGCCUUCCCCCUUACUUAUCCGAUCCUCCUCCGGAUGCUCAGGUUCACGUCAUCUUGUGGAGAUGGUCCACUUGCCUUCUUUGCCAGCUUUCUUUGCUGUCCUAUAGCGUUUAUUUACAACUAUCUGUGUGGCAGCCUCAUCUGGGCCUCUCUAGUGACUUUGGUUCAAAACUACUCGCGGACCCAGCUCCUGAUUUUUCUUUCGAUCAUGACACUCUUGGUGAUACAAGUGACUUGGUUAUUCUCAAAACGCACGGGCUUUCAGCAGAGCGAGCUGUCAUGUCGAUGCGUCCAGCGCCGCGCCGGCUAUGCAGCCGCGGAAAUGGAUGGCACCCAACAGCCCCUGUGCUUUGGCCAUUCGGAUUGCAAUGCUGAGUAG